UCAUCAAAGGCUGAACCCCGGACCUUUGUUCAGAUAAAUAUCCCACUGAGAYGAGCAGCUCUUCACACAGAAGCACGACUCAGCAUGGCUCCAUCACUUCUGGCUCCAGCGGGGAUAAUUCUCCUGCUUCUCUCCCUCUCAGCAGCUCAACCCAGAGGAGACAACAUUGCAACAUGCAACAUGAACGACGGCUUUGGGAAGUACUGCCCCACCACAUGCGGGGUUGCUGAUUACCUGYUGAGCUAUUUACCAGGAGUGAACGAGGAUUUGAACACAAUGCAACGAGAACUGGAGACGAUUACAAAUUUGACUAACAGCGCAGAGGAAACGAUUUCAUACAUGAAAGAUUCGGCGACUUCGGCCCAGAAAUCUGCACCGGCAGAUCCAUAUUAUAAGAAGUCUUCCAACAUGUUGAACGAUGUCUUUCGAUUUCAAAGUACCAUCGUUGCCCAAGAGAAGCAAAUACAAGAACUCCAGGAAAUAAUUGCAUCCAAUGAGAGGAGAAUGGCCGACUUGAAGACAGCAGCGUUCCAGCUGCAGCAGAGGUGCAGUGCGCCCUGCAGGGACACGGUUGAAAUCCAACCACUCACAGGAUCAGACUGCCAGGAUAUUGCAAACAAAGGAGCUACUAAAAGCGGUCUUUACUAUGUGAAGCCAGCAAAAGCACCAGAGAAGUUUUUGGUCUAUUGUGAGAUUGACAGCUUUGGACGUGGUUUCACUGUGUUACAAAGGAGACGUGACGGCAGUGUGGAUUUCUCCAAGGACUGGAUUCAGUACAGAGAGGGUUUCGGGUACCUUUCCCCAGAUGACACWACAGAAUUCUGGCUCGGCAACGAGAAGAUCCACCUGCUGACAGCCACCGCCACCGUCCCGAUCGUGCUGAGGAUCGAGCUUGUUGACUGGGAGGGCAACAAAAAGUAUGCUGACUACAACAUGUUCAGAAUCGGGUCAGAGGCCGACAAGUACCGUCUCACCUACGGUUACUACUUUGGUGGUGAUGCAGGGGAUGCUUUCGAUGGCUUUGACUUCGGAGACGACCCCAGUGACAAAUUCUACACGUCCCACAAUGGCAUGCAGUUCAGCACUGUUGACAGCGACAACGACCGAUACGACGGCAACUGUGCUCAGCAGGACGGCUCGGGCUGGUGGAUGAACAGAUGUCACGCUGCACAUCUGAACGGAAAAUACUACCAGGGAGGCAGAUACACAGAGAAGGACGCAGGGGAAUUCGGCUUUGACAACGGCAUCAUUUGGGUCACGUGGCACAACCGCUGGUACUCCAUGAAGGAGACGACAAUGAAGAUCAUUCCCCUCAGCCGCAUCGCAGCAGGUGGACAGCAGGCCGGGGUGAAACAGUUCGGUGGAUUUGGAGACAUGUAGAGAGGGGAAAUCUUUGCGGUCUGCUUUUGUUAAUAAUCCUGGAAUCAAGUCAGAAUAAACCGUUUCCAUUCAUCCUGGGAUGUUUGCAUGUUUUUGGURAUCAGAGCCAUCAGACAAAACAAUUAUAUUUAAUUUUGCCGCCUCUUUAUUGUUCUUUUAAGCACUCAAUAAAUGUAUUUUACUUAUGGAAGUCUUGUUUUAUGGGGGUUGCUAAUCUGGAUACUUUCAACCCUGUGUGGUCAAAAAUGUGCACCACUGAGUAAACACAUCAAAUAAAUGUACACUUUAUUAGUUUCUGCAUUUCAUCAGCUCAUGUCACCAGGUUUAAAGGAUGCAAAGCUUAUCAUUUAGGUUUCAGUUCUCAAAUAAGCACAUGCUCAGAAAAUGUAACCGCGCUUAAAUUUUAAAUAAACUCCAUUUUUAAAGUUA